CAAGAAACAUUGGAUUUAUGGCGAGUUGUAUCUUUAGAUAAUUUUCAGCUUAAUAUGGAUUUGACAUAAAAUGUUGAUACGGAAAUGACAAGUACACGAAAACCACAUUAACAUUGAGGCUAUUUUGAGAGUUUUUGUGAAGUUUUUGUGUUUAUUCUGUACAUGCCAAAGGAGUUUUAAAUAUAUGUAACUUGAUUAAAGUACAGUAUUGUUCAUAGAAAAGUUUGAAGAUAACAAGACGAACAAUGAAAGUCGACGAAAACUUUAAGUCUGCACUUUUGGCUAGCGUUCCGCGUAAAAGCAGAGACAGUCUGGACAGUUUAUCGAGUCAAGAUUCGAAAGAUAGUAGCAGAUCGUCAAAACUUGAAAGGAGAGAACCCCAUCAGGUGGAUGAAUUAGAAAAACGAUGGUGUUAUGCUGCGUCAGCAUGUGAGCUUGAAAACUUGAAGACUUUGUACAAAGUGGAUAAUGAGCUCAUCAAUAAGAAGGACUACUUCACUACAGCAAUUCAUUGGGCAUCCAAAAGAAAUCGUAUCGAUGUAAUCAGGUGGCUGUACGAGCAACGUAUUGACACAAAUAUCAGAACGCCCAUCACAAUUUGUGAACGGUACUGUGUACAGGCAAAUCUGGAGAGAAGUGAUUUGCUAGUGAAUAAGUUUUUUGAGAAUGUAAUUAUUUUUAUAUCUUUUAUUCAUGCUUUAUUUUGCACCAUUUCAUUCACUUUGUUUCAGGGGGGUUACACACCGCUUCACGUCGCUGCAAUGCACGGAAAGGAAAACAUCAUUCGAGAUCUGGUCCAAUAUUAUGAAGCAGAUAUCAAUCUCCGAGAUUACAGCGGAAGAAAAGCAAGAAAUUAUUUAAAACAUGAUUCAUCACAAUCAAUCAAAAGAAUGUUAGAAGCCACCCCUUCAGUUUUAGAUGUUGACUUGAGUCAAAACACUACGAAGUUUACUAACCACCCACUCUCCUCUUCUAACAACGUGCCUUCCAUAAAGAAAGACCUAAAGCUUGAAAAUCUAAAAAAGGAGAACAUAGAAGAAAUUGUCAAGAAGAAGAAACGAACACUUUCCAUAACGCAGUCUUUCAAACACAGAAGGAAAACCCUCAUUGAAAAACGAAGUACGAUUAACAGCCGGGACAGUCCGGUAAGUCCAAGAAAACAACGGUCAAGCUCAGACAUCCAGAAUGGAGUCGAAGAGCGAAAGAAAACUUUAGGCGAUCAGCAGUAUAUAUUACAAGAACAAACCAACAUCACGCCACAGCUUAGGAGAAAGGGAUCCGCGUCUGAGCAUAUCAUUAAUGGCUACGCAGGUUUCAUCAACAAUAAUAAAUACCACCGAAAGUUACCACAGUCACCGACAAUUGACACACGUGUAACUGAACAACAGUGGAACAUCAACACCUGGGUAUGACGAACUUUUAUGACUUUAAUUGUAGCUACCACGUAAUUUUCCUAUGAUAAGUCUUAAGUGGUGACGGGAAAUGGCGUAUAAGUCGAAAUCAAAUCCAAAAAAAAUUAUUUAGCUGCAAUACAGUUAUGUCUUGUAGUUUAUAUGAAAGAACAAUCAAGUAGAAAGUCCACCUUAUCAUCAAAUUGUAGUGGAAUUAUUAGAAAAUAGAUUUUUAGAAAGAGUGUGUGUAUCUAUUUUAGCUCCAAAAAAUUGUAAAAAUAUUUAUUAAAUGUACAUGAGGAUUAAAAGAGAUUUAA